UUUUAUCAGUGUGCCCGCUUAAUCUGAGUUGUUCACUACCGACAUGUCGGAAUUGACCAACAUUUUGAAUAGAUCAGCCCACAGUUCCUUGCAAGUAAUACUGGUAUAUAUCAGGUGCAGUUCAAAAGAACGAAGUAAUGUUUUGGGAUGAAAAGUAUUGGCUUCCUCGUGGUUUUUCCUGGGAUGAUCUUAAAUCCAACCAUACCGUUCAUUAUCCUGAUAUUUGGGAAUUAACUUAUGCUAUGAAGUAUAGUCUGUUACUGUUGUUACUUAGAUUUGCUGUUGAAUGCUUCAUAUUUCUACCAAUUGGUUGUUUAUUCGGUUUGAUUAAAGAACCGUUGAGCUUACGUAUCAAAGCGCAGCUGAAUUUUCGUCAAGCUAGUAAAGGGAAAUUCAAACGGGUAGCAGAAUGCGCAUGGCGAUUUCUGUUUUACAUAUGUAUUUGGCUAUACGGCCUUUAUGUUUUGUCUGACCAACCUCAGUUGUACGAUGUUACGGAGUGUUGGCGACAUUGGCCUCGUCAUCCGCUUACUAGUACUGUUUGGUGGUACUACGUGAUCGAAACAUCAUUUUAUUGCUCACUUAUUGUCAGUUCAUUGUUAUUUGACAUUCGACGGGCUGAUUUCAUUCAGAUGACAUUUCAUCACUUAAUCACCGUUCUCCUUCUUCUACUAAGUUUCGUAAUGAAUAUGGUUCGAAUUGGCACGCUGAUUCUUUUUAGCCACGACAUCGCUGAUGUUUUCCUCGAACUGGGCAAGCUAUGUCGAUAUGCUGGUUGGAAAACGAUUUUAACAUGCGUUUUUGUAACGUUCAUGAUAGUAUGGAUUGUCACGCGGCUCAUUUACUUUCCAUUUGUUAUUAUUCGGUCAGUACUAUUCGAUGCUCCCGUUUUAAUACAGGCGGAUUAUCGGUGGGAAAAUAUACGACAAUUUCCAAUAGUUCCACGAUUGUUCGCUGUAAUGCUACUCUGUUUACUGAUUCUACAUAUUUAUUGGACAUUUAUAAUCAUGAAGAUAGCGCUUAAGUCAGUAAAGGGCAAUAUUGAUGAUAUCAGGGAGGAAUCAGAUAAUGAAACGUCUUCUACAUCAUCAGCUGAAAAUACCGAUGCAAUCGGGAAAAAUUAUCUAAAAACGACAAAGAAAAGGCAAUAAUUGUUACUUACUCGGUAAUAACGCCGAAUGAAGGAAGUCUUUAAAAUACGAG